AUGGCUGCCCUCAACACAAAAAGCCGCGCAAAUUACGAGGAGUGGCUUGAGAGCAUCGACGAUAACGACCUGAAAAGCUUUGUCUUCGCUAACACCGCUCUCGAAGUCGAGUUCGGAUCUGACGAUUUCAAGCUCGUCUAUUCUGGCGUAUCCGAAGGCGAACCGGUAGACUGCCACAUGAUCGAAGCCCGCGUGAACGGCAAGACGAAGGACAAACAGCUCAAGAAGUUUGUCAAGACCACCGGAUCGCUAGCCAAGAUCCGGACCUGUUUGGCAUUCGCGCUCUUCCCGAGGGCCACGGCGGACUACUGCUUGGGCAAUUACGUGCGGGAGGCGCUGCAGGCAAGCCCGGUCAAGGGCGAGGCCGUCGUGAACAAGGUGCACGUCCAGCUGAGUCCGAGCGUGACAUGGGAGGGCGAUCAACCCUUGGCCGAGGUCGGCACCCCGCCCUUUGUCUUCGAGAAGAUCCCGUUCCCCGGACACAAGGUGGACGGUACCACCAGGGGGUGCGAUAAGUGA